UAGACAGUCACACUGGCAAUCAGCUGUUUUGUGUGGCAGAUCAAAACAACAAAGAAAACUUUAGUCAAUAUUGUUUAUCAAUUAAAAUCCUUGAGGAAAAACUUAAUCGCCAUGGAGGGCCAUCUGCGCCUGCACAAGGUGGGCGACUACGCAGCACCGAGCCAUCAGGAGAAGUCCAGCAAGGCGGGCGGCACCAUGGAGCAGCUCUCUGGCGUGAUGCUAAUAAUCAUCAUCAGUGGCGGCGUACUCACCUGCCUGAUGUUGUUCAUCUUCGCCAAGCGCCAGAUUAUGCGCUUCCAGCUGCGAGGACGACGUGGUCCCCACGUGCCGGUGGGCAACGACGCCAAGAAGGCGCUAAGACGCGAGAUUGAGCGGCGGCUGGACUGCAUCCAGAAGAUCACACAGGAGCCAAAGCUGCUGUGGACCGAUGGCGAAAAGUACAUCGUUCAGCCGGAACCGGAGGCCCCUCUCCCGCCGUACUACUACCGCAUGAAGGCGGUGGACGACGUGAAGCUGCUGGAAUCAGAGAUCGCUCGGGCAGAUGGCAGUUCGCGGCACGCGCCGGAAAGCCUGAGAGCCUUUCUGCUGACCACUUUGUCGGUUACGCUGAACGGUGCCGGGCAGCGGAUGAUUCACCAGUACUGCGACAUGUACGAGCACGCCCGCCACGAUCCCAAUGAGUUCGGAAAAGACGAGUACGAGGCGUAUCACCAUUUGCUGCUGAAACUGUUGGAGGCAUCCAAGCAGCUGAAGAACUACAAUUCCCGGAAAGCUUCACCCGCUCGAACUCCUCGCAAACAGACCAAGAUGCAUUCCCUCCUUGAUCCUGCUCGGCUGCGUCCGCCCACCACCUUGGAAAAUGUUCAACCCAGCAGCGAACUCACGACUGGGCAGCAUGCCAAGGUCAAUUUAACGCUGGGUCUACAGGGCGGCGGCGGUGGAGGCGGCGAUGGGGAUGCCGAACUGGCCACCAAUCCUCUUCAUCUGCAGGCGCCAUCCGAUAGGGACCUUAUUAUACGCAAUAGAAUUAAGACGCCCACUUUGGACGACAUUAUAGUAGAGGCUGAUCACCACCAGAACAGCGAUGCAGGGCCCCUAGAAGACAACGAGAUUAAAAGCAUAUCGUCAAUGCAGUUCCAGCGGAGCUCCAGCAAUGUCUAAGCAUGUUGGCUACAUUUUAAGUAUUCUUUAGUUACUAAUGGUUAUCACUUAAAUUUAUUUGUUUUUGAUAUUUGCUCUCUUAAAUGCAAUGAAAAUACUUUAAAAAAAAAUCGUAUUUAACAAUUUUCUUUGAAAGUAUUUUCUUUAUUUUUUAAAUUUUUUAAGAAAUCUAUAAUAAAUCUAUAAUUUCGUAAACUAUUGCCUAACUUCAAAAUAGCCAAUUGGGCAGCUCCCUCCUAAAAUAUGAAAAUUUGCGUCUGGUUUUCUUUAAUAUUUAAGCUUAAACGCUGUUUCCAAAAUAAAAAAACGCUCUUUAUAAUAUUAAUGAA